UCUUUAGGAAGAAAAAAACAUAGUAAUUUAGAGAUAAGAGAAGAAACCGGUCCAAUGCGAACGCUACCCGACUAAGACGUUUCAAUAGGGGCAGAGGCAGAUUGUCUAACUCUAUUACCAUUCAAAGCGUUCGACGUUUGUGUUACCCGUUCCAACUUUCUCUGAAUUUCUUUAUUGUGUUGCGCCAUCGUUCACCAUGGCAAGCUUAUACAGAGGUGCUUCUAGGAAGGAAAAACCUAAAGGACGUCAUGGGCUAACUCCCCAGAAGAAGCAGGAGAUCAAGGAAGCUUUUGAAUUAUUUGACACUGAUGGCUCUGGGACUAUCGAUGCCAAAGAGCUUAAUGUCGCAAUGAGGGCUCUUGGUUUUGAGAUGACCGAAGAGCAAAUCAGACAAAUGAUUGCAGAUGUGGACAAGGAUGGAAGUGGUGCCAUUGAUUACGAUGAAUUUGAAUACAUGAUGACAGCAAAAAUUGGAGAGAGAGACACUAAGGAGGAACUCAUGAAAGCAUUUCAUAUUAUCGAUCAUGAUAACAAUGGGAAGAUAUCUGGCAAUGACAUCAAGCGCAUAGCAAAGGAGCUGGGUGAGGUCUUCACUGACAAAGACAUUCAAGAGAUGAUUGAUGAGGCAGACCGUGAUCAUGAUGGUGAAGUGAAUGUUGACGAGUUCUUCAGAAUGAUGAGGAGGACGACAUAUGGAUUCUAGAGUUCAAAGCAGAAUGUGUAGCAUCCACGCAAUGCAUGACUAUGGCAAUUACAGUUGUGAGAAUAUGAGACAUGCCAAAAUAGUAUGGUUAGGAUGUUUGCUUAGUGUAACUCGUUUUUUUUGUAUGUAAGAUAUAUCAUUUAAAUUGCGGAGUUAAUUUGAAUAUAUUUUGUUAUUACUACUUUGAAUUUUGUGUAAAUGCUAGUGAUUGGCAUAGUGGAAGAACCA